CAUCGCUGCCUCUCAGCCUCGCGCUCUGCUCCGCUCACAUGACGUUACCCAGCAUUCUGCGGGACACACACACACACACACACACAUACACACCGGCAGAACAUCAAGGAAGAGGAUGCGGGUCGCCUCAGACAUGGAUUACACGGUUGUGUUCGCAGCCUUGGAAACAGUAUGUGAAGACAACAUUUCUAUUAUGUGUGGGCCUUCUGAUUUGCCGUACGGAAAUGUUGCCGAGCGCCUGGUCACGUGUAUAAGACAGAUUCAGGAGCACGGCCGAGCCUUGAAGCCUGUCGUCAGCAGCUUCACCGCCGUCUAUCACCAUUAUGACUUUGACGCACAAACGCCUGGGAAUGGCUACCGUACCUUGGUUAAGGUCUUGCAGGCUUGCCUUUUGCACAUCAUUCAGAAGGGCCGUUACAUCAUUUCUAAUUACAACAGUGCCUUCUUCAGGGCCGAGCACAACGCCUCUGAGAUGGAGGCGUACUGCAGCGCUCUGUGUCAGCUGCGUGCCCUUCUCCACCUCGCCCAGCAGCUCAUCAACGACAACGAGUGCGGCCAGCUGUACUCCCUGCAGGACAGGGACCUGAGCCGCAGGUUUGUGCAGGAGUACAGCUCCAUGCACAAAGCCUGUUUCUACGGCCGCUGUCUGGGCUUUCAGUUCUCACCAACUCUACGUCCCUUCCUCCAGACUGUUGUCAUAAGCAUGGUUUCAUAUGGAGAGACGUAUGGGAAACAGCAGUCUGGCUUGGGUACGGCUGCCCUCUCCCUCCUCACAUCAGGGAAGUACGUCAUGGAUCCAGAGUUGCGGGGUGCUGAGUUUGAACGCAUUACCCAGAACCUGGACAUGCAGUUCUGGAAGUCCUUCUGGAACCUCACAGAGUCCGGCCUUAUCGCUGGCUUCAGCAGAAUAGCCUCUUGCCCAGUGCAGGUGAAUUACACACUGACAUUGCCUCCUGAAACUCUAAGCCUCCCACUGGCCUCAGACCCCCAUCUAACAGCCACCGUGUCUCCUCCGAUAGCCCACUGGGGCCCCGGGCCAGUCCACAUGCGCCUUAUCUCCCAUGAGCUGCGAGAAGGACAGGACAGUGAAGAGCUGCUGUCGUAUUCUCGAGCCGAUCCUCCCCCCAUCUCCGUGUCCCAUCUCCCCUGGGUGCAGAAGCAGCCUCGCUCCCCCUGGCUGCUCAUCCACUUCCACGGCGGGGGCUUCGUAGCCCAGACUUCCAGAUCCCAUGAGAAUUAUCUUCGGAGUUGGUCAAAGGAGCUGAACGUACCGAUACUCUCCGUGGACUACUCUCUGUCACCCGAGGCGCCCUUUCCCAGAGCUCUGGAGGAAUGUUUCUACGCCUACUGCUGGGCUCUGAAUAACUGUCAUCUACUGGGCUCCACAGCUGAGCGGGUUUGUCUGGCAGGCGACAGCGCUGGAGGAAACCUCUGCAUCACCGUGUCCAUGAAGGCCAUAUCCAGCGGCAUCCGAGUCCCUGACGGCAUCAUGGCCGCCUACCCCGCCACCUUGCUCACCACUGACGCCUCGCCCUCCCGCCUGCUCACGCUCAUUGACCCGCUGUUGCCUCUGGGUGUUCUCACAAAGUGCCUCAAUGCCUAUGCAGGUGCAGACUGUGAGACGGUGCAGCCUGCGGUGGGAAACAGCAGUCUGAGCUCUCUGGGCAGAGACACUGCUGUGCUGCUCAGUGAUCUCACCCAGGGAGCCUCCAACUGGAUCCAGUCCUUUCUGGACCCCAUGCGGACUUCAGGUGGAACACGCUCUCUGUCAUCGGCACAGAGGAGGUAUCAGAGCACCGACACUCGCGAAACACCCACCCACGCCUCUACACCCAACGGCGGCGAUCACGUGGAUUACCCAGAUGGCUUUGAGCCAAUGCGCUCUCAGUGCCUGGCUUUUGUUCGGCCAACUCCAUCCCCCAUUAUCAGGAACCCGUUUGUGUCGCCCCUGCUGGCUCCUAACAACCUGCUGAGAGGCCUGCCGCCUGUACACAUAGUGGCCUCUGCUCUGGACGCUUUGCUAGAUGACUCGGUGAUGUUUGCCAAGAAGCUUCGAGACAUGGGCCAGCCCGUGAGUCUGACAGUGGUGGAGGACCUACCUCACGGCUUCCUCAGCCUGUCGCAACUCGCCAAGGAGACUGAGGUGGCUUCAGAAAUCUGCGUGGAGCAAAUGAGGACGAUUUUUCAGCAAGAAAACCCGACGCCUGCUCUCAGCAAACGGCCCAAGCUAGAAGAUACUCAUCAGAGUAUGAGUCCGUCAGGCUGAUGAAGCUGGUGUUCUUGGGUGAAAAAGAGAUGUGAGAGAAUGUGGUGAGAGUUGCAAUUGAUUCAAGAAAAGGAAACAAUUAAGGGAGAAGUAUGAAGAUGUACAAAAACUGACGAACAGGAGGAAGCUUAGGGAGCCUGCACUCGUAACCUUUUUCCUGUAGGCAAUAAUGAUCGAGAGAGCCAUUAAAACUCUCUUUAACCAGCUCUAAAAUGAUCCUAAAACAUGACAAAAUAGGAAACAAUGCAGUAUUUUUCUACCAGGAUCCUGAUCCAGACCAAGUGCACAAUGACAAAAUAACAGACCUACAGCACGUUCACCAUAACCAGCCCGAGCAGUAACGUCUCACUGAUGUAAGUCAGAAACAGAAGCUUUUGUGCCUUGAAUUUAAAGCGCUGCUGUAUUUGUAUUGUAUUUGAGUGAAACAUAGUUUUGCCUACGUUACCAAACUGACCAGGAUUAAAGGUUUACUUACAGGAAACACAGUCCAGACACACUGUAGUGUUAUUAUAUUUGGAUUUAAUGUUGAACCUGGUUGUCAAUUGUUUACAUCAGACUGAUAAGGAGGCCUUCGUGUUGUGUUUACCAGGAGUGUGUGGGUGUGAAUGUAACUUGUUAAACUGUAAAAUAAUUCUUAUUAUUUCUUAAUGUCAAUAUUUAACUUUUUUGUGUGUUUUGUUUUAUUUAAAAUCUGGAUUAAAUCAAAACUGCAAGCA